AUGACACAUGAGGCCGGUAUCCGCUCCGCUGCCAAGACCAGCGAGAACCUACGACGCAUCAAGGUGGCGGGCAUGAGUCCGUAUCCCACCGGCUGCAAGUCCCUGGAGCAGAGAGAGGAUAGGGACGCCGGCACUGGCAGUCGCGACCACGGCUGGUGUAAAGCACGGGCGACUCCGGCCCAUCAUGCCAGUCGGGUGAUGGCGACUGUCCGUGAAAAACACUAA